CAAAUGUGCACGCCGUUUGCGCUUUGUGUGCCGUUGCAAGGUCCAGGUGUUCGUGCCAGAUUCCGAUGUCCAUGGCAGUGUGCGCGGUGGGGGCUUUGUUGGUGCUGCUGCAAGGUGCCGCUGCAAGGCCUCCUUGUCUCCAAUGGUUGUUCUCAAUGCUGGGCUGAGAUUUUACUUGGUUUCCCUUUUCCGCUUUCAUUCCCAAGCAGGUUUUACUGUGGGUUCAAGUGGCCACAGUUGUUCUAGCCCACUUGCUCUUAAUUCUAGCUUGGCUCCUUCCCCUUUGUCCACGCUCCCGGGCCGGGCCAACAGGCCAUGUGCCUCGUUUGAUCCGAGGCCCAAAGGGCCAAAUGGAAAGCGCAGAAAGAAGUGACUGAGGAUUCUGAACAAAGGGAGGGAGCGCCGGGGGCACCAGGGGCAAGUCAAAGCUCAGAGGUGGUGUCUUCGAACAUGAGUGUGCAGAAUGCCGUGCAGAAUGCCGUGCAGAAUGCCCGCAGGGUUCACAUUCUUCCUGUGCAUCCUUGCUCUUGUGAGCAGGAUCAGCGUCUCAUUGUAUUGGCACCAGUUCUGCGGAAGAUGCGCGCAGAUCAGGUGCCGAUCAAGACGGGCAUGUUUCUAAGACCUCUUGGGUAUGAAUUCGUGGUUGUGAAGUGCGAGCCGGAUGAAGCUGUGCUGGCGAUGAACACCGACUAUUUCAUUGAGGGAAACCCCUUGAAGCGUUUUGAGAAGGUUCAAUUUAUUUGCCUAUGGGAUUUUGAGCGUGCCCGUACUGAUCAGGAUGCAACAACGUUGUUCAGAGAGUACAUCAAUCCCUAUUUCAGAGACAAGAACACUCCACAGGCAACGAGCAUUUUAACCUUGAAUGAGCAUUUGCAAAUCAACAACAUGGAGUUCCAGGUGAUGGCAGCAGAACCAGUUCCACCUGAAAUCGGCUUGGUGGAUCUCAAUACCGUGGUCUUUGUAGACUGGGACAGCACGCCAGAGUUUUCCAAGAUCCACUUUGUGCCCUUCCAAGACACGCUACCGGCGGCGUAUGAGUACGACAUUUUCAAUGACUACUUGAAACCCUACCUCACAAGGAACAAACUGCAGACCUUUGAAGUGAACAAACAUUUCACUUUCCAGGGGGUGCAGUUCAAAGUGGUUUGCUGCGAACCUCGUGGCCCUGCCCGGAUCGGCAAGAAUACAACGAUCUUCUGCGAAGGAGUGCUUCACCCGUCUUUGCGGAACCUGCUCCCUCCAGAGAUGAUUGAGCAGUUGCAAGCUCUUCCACCGGGCCUUCAGAUGAUGUUGCUCAACACUGAGGCCAUCGCAGGAGGAUACGAGGACCGAUUGAUGGAGGUGCAAGAUAUCCUCUCGAGGAGGACGGGCAUGGCCCAGGAGCAUAUCGACCGCAUCCCAAUACAAAGGUGGCAGGGCCAAGAAGUUCAAGAAGCCAAUGGACAGACCACGUGCAUGGUGUGCCUCAACGCCUUCGAGCCUUCAAGCGAGGACAGAGUGUUGUCGGUAUCUACGAUUUUUGUUUCCUUUCAUUCUCGCAUUUUUCAAUCGCGCGCGUUUGCAACGUGUUUCUAAUUUGGUUCUAGGUUCGGCAGCUUCCAUGCCAACACGUCUUUCAUGUUCAAUGCAUCGACGAAUGGCUUCGCCGCGUCACAGAUUGUCCCAUUUGCAAGACCAACGUGGACAGGGCAGUUCGCCAGUACUGAGUGUCUUCGUGUCAGCG